AUGGCGCUCGUGUAUAGUGCAGCAGAGUACUGUGCGCCAGCUUGGACAAGGAGCACUCACAGUAAAAAAAUUGACACGCAGUUAAACCAUACUAUGAGAAUUAUCUCAGGUACGGUAAAAAGUACUCAAAUACAAUGGCUCCCUACUCAUGCAAACAUUGCUCCUGCUGACCUGAGAAGAAAAGCAGCAACCCACUCCUUGUUAAAUAUAAUUAAAAAAAAAACCAAACCUCCCAGUAUAUGAGGACAUUUAUCAACACCCAGUAAAAAGACUUAAGUCUAGAAAUCCAGUGUGGAUCGAUAUUGAAACAGAAGUGAACACAAAAAACCAAUGGAAAAGCCGCUGGAAGGAUGCUAAAGUAAAAAAUGCUGAGUUAGUAGUAGAUCCUACCCAGAAACUCCCAGGAUUUGACUUUCCACGAUCAUUAUGGACUAAAAUAAAUAGAAUAAGAACUGCUAAUAGUAGUUGCAAUCAUUUACUCCAUAAAUGGGGCAUGAGUGAGUCACCUCUUUGUAGCUGUGGAAAUAUCCAAACAACGAAGAAUAUAGUUGAGACAUGCCCUUUAACUAAAUACGAUGGGGGUUUGAGAGGUAUACAUGAAGGCAGUGCAAACGCGAUUAAAUGGCUGGAAAAUCUGAUUAUUCGCCUAUGAGACAACUUAACCCAAUAGUUACCAAAUUCUUAGUCUUUAGUUUCUAGUCAC